UUCACUGAAGAAGUGUGCCUCAGUGUAUCAUGCCUCCACACAUCACAUAGCUUCACAGCAGCUGAGUCAUGCGAACAAAGUGACGAAUAAACAAAGUUAAUUCUACAAACGAAGGCUUUCCUUCAUUGGCAACUCUUGGAACGCGUGUUUUUAUUGAGCUGUUUUGAUUUAUUUUUUACUAAAUUUUGAAACACGAUUUCUGCAGGGGUUUUGGUUUGUAGCUACCACAUACCGGCGCCGAGCAUCACGAUUAGUAAGCCGAACCGACAUAAACUGCAAUGUGGUUCCAACACAACAUGACUGACCGAAAGUUGUCAAGUGGGAACCCUGUAUAUGAGAGCUUUUACAGACAGGUGGAUCCUGGGAAUACAGGAAGAGUAGGACCAACAGAAGCUGCCUUGUUCUUAAAAAAGUCUGGACUCCCUGACAUUACAUUGGGGAAGAUCUGGGAUUUGGCUGAUCCCGAUGGCAAUGGCUAUCUGGACAAACAGGGGUUUUACGUAGCUCUGCGGCUGGUGGCCUGUGCUCAGAGUGGUCAGGAAGUCAGUCUGUCCAGCCUCAACCUCUCAGUCCCUCCCCCCAAGUUUAAGGACACAAGCAGUCCGUCUCUAAGCAGCACAGCAUCUGCCUCCAGCGAAUUACACUGGGCUGUCAGGCCCGAGGAGAAGAGUAAAUUUGAUGGGAUUUUUGAAAGUUUGGCUCCAGUCAAUGGCCUGCUGUCAGGAGAGAAGGUCAAACCAGUCCUAAUCAACUCCAAGCUACCUCUGGAUGUCCUUGGGAAGGUUUGGGACCUGAGUGACAUAGAUAAAGAUGGUCAUCUGGACAGAGAUGAGUUUGCAGUGGCCAUGCACCUGGUGUACCGGGCCCUGGAGAAGGAGCCUGUUCCUGCACUCCUCCCCUCUAUCCUCGUCCCUCCAUCUAAGAGAAAGAAGAGUCUGGGCUCAGUGGUCGGCUCUGUGCCUGGACUUCCCGCAAGCCCUCCACCACCAAAAGACUCACUGCGCUCCACACCCUCCCACGGCAGCAUGAACUCACUCAACAGCACUGGCAGUCUGUCGCCCAAACACACACUCAAGUCUGGACAGCAUGCGGUAACCUGGGUGGUCCCAGUGUCAGACCGUGGUCGCUAUGACGACAUCUUCCUGAAGACUGAUGCUGAUCUGGACGGUUUUGUCAGCGGACAUGAAGUAAAAGAGAUCUUCAUGCAGUCUGGACUUUCUCAGAAUGUCCUUGCCCAUAUAUGGGCUCUGGCAGACACAAGGCAGAUAGGCAAGCUGACCAGGGAGCAGUUUGCCCUCGCCAUGCAUCUCAUCCAGCAGAAAGUCAGCAAGGGCAUCGACCCUCCACAGGCCCUGACUGCUGACAUGAUCCCCCCUUCUGAGAGAGGCACUCCUGUACCAAGUAUGUCAGGAUACAUGACCCCAGUGGGAUCAGAGAUGGCUGCUCUGUCUGAGAUGAGACGGGACAGCUCUAGUUCAGUGGGUUCAGGGGAGUUCACUGGCAUCAAGGAAUUGGAUGACAUCAGCCAGGAGAUAGCCCAGUUGCAGAGCACUCUUGCCUUUACCCAGUGGAAUACUCUCAGGGAGAAGUACACUCUUGAACAAGACAUCAGGGAGACAGAGGAGGCCAUCAGACAGAAGAGUGCAGAGGUACAGGAGAUGCAGAAUGACCUGGACAGAGAGACAGCCAGCCUGCAGGAGCUGGAGGCUCAGAAACAAGAUGCCCAGGACCGCCUGGAGGAGAUGGACCAGCAGAAACAUAAAUUAGAGGACAUGCUGAAUGAAGUCCGGAUGAAGUGCCAGGAAGAGUCUCAGAUGAUCUCGACCCUCCAGAGUCAGAUACACUCCCAGGAGUCAGACUUGCAGUGCCAGGAGGAAGAGCUAAGCCGGGCAAAGGCCGACCUGGGCCGGCUGCAGCAGGAGGAGAACCAGCUGGAGCAGAGCCUGGCUGCCGGCAAGAUCCAGCUGGAGACCAUCAUCAAGUCUUUGAAGGCCACGCAGGAUGAGAUCAACCAGGCUCGUAGUAAGUUGUCCCAGAUUCAGGACAGCCAACAGGAAGUGUCUAAAAGCAUUGAGCAGUACAACAGCACCUUGAAUGGAACCCAUGGAGGCAGUAUGACUAACCUGGCCGACAUGAGCGAGGGCUUCAGUGACCGAGAGAACGGAGGAUUCCCAGCCAUGGUGAGAGCAGCACAGGAGGAUCCAUUCAAAGUGAAGCCAUCUGUGUUCAACAGCCAGCCUCAGGAUCUUCACACUGACCCCUUCAACUCUGAAGAUCCCUUCAAAACAGACCCAUUCAAAGGUGACCCUUUCCAAAAUGACCCUUUUGCAAAGCAGCCAUCAGCAUCCACAGAUCCUUUUGGUGGAGACCCAUUCAAAGAGACUGAUCCGUUCAAGGCUUCGUCAGAAGAUUUCUUUAAGAAGACCACAAAGAUGGAUCCCUUCUCCACACCAGACCCCUUCAGUAAAAGUGCCACAUUACCUUCCAAGCAAACUAGCCACUUCACAAGCAAUGACCCAUUCUCUUCAAACAACCCAAAGCCCAAAGGACCAGACUUGUUUGGCACGUUGGACCCGUUUGGCAGCAGUUCGUUCAGCAGCAGCAGUAACAGCUCCACUGGAUUUGCAGACUUCAGCCACAUGUCGAAGCCCAGAGACCCUUUUGAAGGCAGGGCCAGCUGGCUGCCUGACUACCAGAAGUCGGUGUUUGUGGAUGACCCAUUUAUUAGGAAGAAUGACAUGCCAGCUCUGCCACCGAAAAAAAGUGUUCCCCCAAGACCCAAACCACCCAGUGGUAAGAGUACACCAGUGAGCAUGUCUGGCACAGCUGACCCUUCCAAACCAUGUGACCCCUUCCAACCAUUCGGCAGUGACACCAUCGACCCAUUUCAGAGUAAAAAGGGCCCGGCAGACCCCUUCAGCGGCAAAGACCCUUUCGCCCCACCUUCGGCAUCAAGUAAAGCCCCUAAAGACUGUACCUCGUAUUUUGCAGACUUCAGUUCUGACCUGACAAAGUCAAGUUUGGGAAUGAGGCUCAGCAGUUGGAGUGGGCUAAGCGGGAGAGUGAGCGAGCAGAGCGCGAGCGGCUGAAGAGGCUCAGACAGCAGGAGCAGGAAGACCUGGAGCUGGCCAUCGCCCUCAGCAAGGCUGAGAUGUCCAACGCAUGACCUGGAACCCCCACCACACACAAAUACACACAGCGCGUAGACAGGCAGACAAACAUGUUCAGACAGAAGGCACGUCACUGGACUAACUCAAGUGUUCAUAAACUCUGGUCCCCCCCCCCCCCCUGACCCUGCUUAAAAAACAAGACAACAAAACUGAGGGUCGAAAAGUCAUCACUGCAGAACUCUCUUGCUGACAUGUAGAGACAGAGAACUGAAGGAUGAAGGAGGAGAGGAAGAGGUGCUUGAUGGAAACAAAUGGAUGCACUCUGUAUAUGCACUAUAGUGGCUGGACAGUAAUGCAAUGGAUCCCUUCUCUGGGCUAAGCAGACUAGCUGACCAUUGCUGUCAGAACACCUCGACAGUUUGAAUUUCAGCAUGUUUUUCUUCUCCAGCUUUACACACAAUGUGGGGAAAUGGCAUGUACUGGCAUGCUAACGAAACUGUUGCUAUCAGUAGCAAAAGAGCAAAGACAAACUUUUUUUCUUCCAUUGUAACUAGCAGCAGUGAGAAAAAUAUCACUACAAUUCAAACUGCCAAGGUAUUUCUUUCCUGAUAUAUAGGGGUGACAUGGAUAUAUCAUUGAGCUGAUGGUAUAGACUGUGUCAGUUAGUAUUUAGUGUUACAAGUAUUUGUUUAUAGAGGCAUAUAGAGAAGAUGGAUUUGACACUCCUCAGGAUUGAGAAUUUUCAAUUCACAAUUGUUUUUAGUUUUUAGUUUUUUUUCUUCUUCUUUUUUCAGGAAAUACUGUCACUAACCCGGACUUAGAUAAGAAGUGAGAGGGUUGAUAUUAGUUGAGUUUUUUCACUUCUGCUGGAGGCUAACUGUUUCCCUCUGCUUUGUGCUAAGAGAGGCUAAACUGUACUGGAUGCACAGAAAUUAAAUUAAUAUUGAACUUCUCAUCUGACUCUGGGUGAGUUGAAGCAUAUUUCCCCAAAUAUCAGUUGUCCUUUUAAUUUUAUAGCACCCCAGGGUUUACCAUGAGAUUAGAGACUAUCAACCAGGCAAAGCAGGCAACAGACAGUCAGGGGGCCCGAAGGCUCCAGGUUCACUAUGUGGCACUUAGUUUGUGGUAAUUUAUUUCAUUGCGUAAGGAAUUAAGGAAUAUGCUGAGCACCACUGAAGCACAAUGUAAACUGACAUAAGGGCCUCAAGGCGCUACUUGCAUUAUUACCUAUUCAUGAGGUCCCGUGCUGUGGAGGGGCUCGAGUUAAAAUGGGUACUCCUGUUAUUUAACCCGUGUCGUUCAAACUCCACACCCCCUAUUGUAAUACAGGCUUUCUGUUAUAAAUGUAUAGUCUCCGAGCCCAAGCUGAGACAACCCCAAUGACAUCACGAUGACAUCGUCAGCAGUUAUUUUCUCAGACUUGAUAAAGCUUCUCCAGAGCCACAGAGGACAUUAUACAACUUCCCAACUUGUUUUUACAAGAUGAGUAGUACUGACCAAGACAUGUAAACUGAUCUUUAUGUAUCAUUUUAAGGUCUUUAUUAUUGUUCAUAUUCAGUUUUGCAUGGUGCAUAUUCCUAAAUAAAUGUGUGUUUAAUCAAAUUACCACAAACUAAAUUAACUUCUAACUAAUAUGUACAUAAUGCACACAGAGUUGGAGAAGGGGGGGGGUCCAGAGUCCAAAGUGUCUCUGUUUCACUUUCAGGUGUGAGAUAGUCAUCCAGGAGAGCUACUCCCAUCCACUGGCUCAGGGGCUCCUCCUGUGUGAAAUAGAAAACGUUUAACUAACAUUAGUCGGAUAUGUUCACAUUUCACUCUUGUUACAUUAUGGGAGGAAGGAAAAGGCAACUGCUCUUCAACUGUUUCAAAAAACCCAUUAUGAUCCAUUACACGGGUUCCCUCUCAUGUGACAAGUACCUGACAAAUGAAAAUAACAGUUUCAAAUGUCAAUAUAUCCUUUGGAGUUACAGUAACAAAUUGUACAGAUAUAUUUUCGUUGUCCAUGAGUGUGAGAUUGUACUGUGGAGAGUUUGCUGUGAUGACAUGCAGCACUCUCUCCCGCUGUCCUCUGUAUAUAGAUAAACAGAGCUAACUAUGCCUCUUCUCGACAGCUGUGCUCUGAUCCCAAUGCUGUGAUGUCACACCACAUCCGACAAAUGAAAGGCAAGAUGAGGGAAAUUUCUACAUUUGACCUUGUUUUCUUUUUAGAGAGCAAGGUUUUUAACACAGUUUUUAUUUCCUGAGCUGGUUAUUAUUUUAUUAUUUUGACAUUUUUGUUUUAAAGGUCCAGUGUGUAACAUGUACGAGGAGCUGUUGGCAGAAAUGAAAUAUAUAAUAUUUACAAGGAUGUUCUCUUUAGUGUAGAAUCACCUGAAAAUAAGAAUCGUUGUGUUUUCAUUACCUUAGAAUAAGCCGUUUUUAUCUACAGAGGGAGCGGGUCCCCUUCCAUGUUGCACCGCCAUGUUUCUACAGUAGCCCAGAACAGACAAACCAAUCACUGGCUCUACAUAGGGCCAUUCGCGUUUUUCGCGAGUUCCGUGGCCACCAUAGUUUGUCCUACACACUUGGAAGGGGAGGGUGAGGCGAGUGGUACUCAAAUAGUUGCAAACUGCAAUUUCACCGCUAGAUGCCACUAAAUCCUCCACACUGGACCUUUAAAAGAACAUCCAAAUUAAUGUAGUUAAUUUUGUGCUAUAAUUUGUAGUUGAGUUUUAGUCACUCCAGUGCUCUACAGACCAGCAAGCACGAGCUGCAGAGUGUUUGUGAAGGUCUGGGACUGGCUGAAUUCAGGUGUCAUUAGGCUGGAAAUUGGAAAUACUGUAGUUUCUGAUGUGUCAUAGUUUGAUGAUCCAACGUGGACUUAACCACUCACCUUGUUUUUCUCUGAGUUGUCCCUUUUACUUGAAGUGGUGACUGAUGCUUGUGUGAGACAGACUGAAGUCGACUCUGGAGUUUGAUUUCAUUUGGACUUAAAAACAGAACGGAUUCUGCUGAACUUAUUUUCUGAAGACUUUCUGUUUCACUCAGUAGUUUCAAAUAUCAUGUUGUGUUGUAUUUUAUAUAUGCGAGUCUGUAUUCUGUGUGUCCGUGACCAAUCAUAUGCUUUAGUUAGUGUUUUACCACGUGCAUGCCCUGCAGUCGGAUUCUGCACAGAGCACAUAUGUUCUAAAUGUUCCUUUAAAGGAUGACAUAGAGUUUCUCAUUUUUCAUUACCAUAACAUGGUAAUCAUGGGUAGAAAGAAGACUUACACUUGGCUUUGUUAAAGCAAAGCUUGUUGACUUCGUUUGUGUUCCUUAUUGAGACCAGUUGUAACCACUAGCAGUACUUUAGUCUCAGAAACAUCAUAUGAUUUAAUACAGUGCUGGAGGUCUUCUGAUGGAACUCAGACAUUUCAAUCACUCUGACUCUAAAACUUGUUGAAGGAAGAAAAUUGAAAAUACAAACUCCCCUUAAUGACUUCUAAGGCAGAUGUAAAGGAACAAAAACAUGAUUUAGUGAAGUCAAAGAUGGCGCAGAAUUUCUUCUUCCUUCACCAGCAGGAGUCUGCUCAACGGGAGUGCGCUCAGUGACAGCGCACACCUGCUGAGUAGAUUCCUGUUUGUGAGCGAGGAUGAAAUCCUGUGUCACGAUGAGAUUUGAUUUUACAUUGUUUGUAUUGACUUCAAAGGAACUGCUCUCUGUUGCAGUAAAUCAUGUUUUUUUCUUAUUUUACACCGGCCUGGUUCAUUGUGUUCUGUCUUAAAUGUAUUUCCCACUAUCAGGGGGAGUUUAUAUUUCCAACAUUCUUCCCAUAACAAAUGUUAUGAAUGCGUAUUUCAUUCAAAUGUCUAGGUUCCAUCAGAUAUCCAUCCAGGGGCUAGGUCUCUGUCAAAUGCUAACAAGCUGCAUCUUAGGUGAAACUCCAGGACAAACAAAAUACUUAAUGCUAUAGGUCCAUGAGCACAUUGUGGAAAACUGAAAAAUGAUUAACUACUAAGAUAGUGUGUAAACUUUGUCUUGGUGAUGGUAAUGAGGAGGUCAACAACAUGACUGAAAUAUCUAACAUUUUGUUUCCUUCCCAGAUAUUAUACAUGUGUGGAACUGCCUUUCUGGGGGUAAAAAUGCAAAAAAAAAAAUCUGUGUAAUGUCAAUUCACCCAAAUUGGACAGAAAUGCUCAAGUUACAGUUGGUGUGCAGCCACUGAUUCUGCCAGAUGGGAAUGUGAACUGCCUCUCCCUGCCAUUUUUUGUCUUAUUUACAUAUCGUGAAUAUUUACUUUGCUGUAGCUGUUACAAACUGUGUACCUGUAGGGAGCAGUGUCCCCGGUACGUAGAGCCUCUCGAAGCUGUACACGGCUAACACCUCCUGAAGAACUUCAUUCUACUUCUGAGCCAUAAAACACAUUUUGAAUCUUUGUCAUGCUCCUGCCACACUGUAGUGAGAAUGUUACUAUAUGAAGAACUUCAUUACAUCUGUUUUCAUUCCUCAUUGAAACCAAAGGGUAGCUUGUUGUCAGCUCCAUUAGUUUUGAUAAAGAAUGCACUGCUUUGCUAACAAGGUAUUUUAAGUUAUGUUAUACCUAAGGUAUGGCUGGUGUUAUUCUAUAUUUUCCUUAUUUCCAGCUACAACUUCUUCUGAAGACGUAAAUCUUUAAAAAGAAAAGUGAGGUCAGAAAUAUAUAGUAUAUAUAUAUAUAUAUAUAUAUAUACAGCUGGGCACUGUAGUUUUUAGUGUUAUGUUAAUGCUAGCAUGAACAUUACAUUACAUAACCUGCUGCGAACUGCCAGCCGUAAACCUUUAGUUUUAUAUGGAAUGCCAUUGCUAACACAGUCAUUUCCAGUUAACUAAAGCGUCGCCUCAAAAGUGUCACCUUAAAUUUGGUCUCAGUGUGUCUGUGGUGUUUUAAUCACAGCCAGAUGGCUCAGCUGCAUUUUGAAAGAAAAACCCUGUGAAACGUGUGAACAGCAAUUCAUCAUGUAGAACAGAUCUGAGUGUCACAGGAUGCAGUGGUACUCUGCUUUGGGAGGAGGGUUGGGCAACUUGUCAUAUUUUCACACAGUAUAAAUAGUAACAUCCAGGAAGCAGAGGGCUUCAUAGAUAAUGUGGCAGUUGUCAUGUGAAAUGCCAAAUGCUGCCUAUAGUACCGCCCAGCAGCAGAACCUAGUACUUGAAUAUUAGAAAACCUUGACAAAAAUCAGUAAACACCAGUUGCAUGUGCUGGCUUUUCUGGAGCCUUCAACCACAUAUCACAGUUGAAAGCUCAGGAAAGCUCAGAAAAGUUUUUUUUGUCAACUUUUUUUUCUAAGGUCAAGAUUGGACACGCCAACACAACCACUGAGAAGUAGGGUUGGGUAUCAUUUGGAACGUUUUGAUACCAAAACAGUACUUUUUCUGAAAUCCCUUUUUCCAAAAAAAAAAUAAAAAUACGCCCAUUUUCUGAAAUGUUAAAUGUAUGUACAAAUGGAAAUUAGUCUAAAAUUAGCAAAAUGAAAUCAGGAACUAUUUAAUCAAAGAGUCAGUUACAAUAUUACAAAUCUGAACAGAUAUUUGAUGCCAAGUUAUUGUAUUUUUGACACUCACUGCUACAGACACAUUUCGAUCGGUACCAAAAGGAACUGAUACUUGAUACCCAGCCUACUGUGAACUGUGAGCCUCCAUCUGUUCUUCAUUUGUUUCUGUCCACCUCCCUCCGACCCCAGACUGUUACCAUCAUUCAUACUGUAUUUGUUAUCUGAUACCUCCAUUGUGCAAUAGAUAAUGUUUAUUUUUAUUGUUUUGUGUAUCCUGUGAAACCAGUGUGAUGUUUUUGAUAUGUAGCGUACGUUUUUAAUAUGAUUAUUUAUGCAUUCGCAAACAACCACUCUGUCCCGACUCUGUAGAGGAAGUUCACGCUUUGAUUUCAUUCCAUUAGUUGCAGAAUCUACAAACCUUUCAUUCCAAAAUGCUUUUUUUUAAUCUAUUUUGGGGAAAGAAAAUGGUAACACAAUGUUCAUUUCUCAAUAUUUUUUAAUUAUCAGCAAAGCUAGUAGUUAAAAUCUUUAUAGGAUGACAGCUGAGAAAUAUCCAGAUUUACAACUUAAUAAUUCAAUAGUUUUAACAUUCAUGUUAUUUCUCUCAGAUUUCAUUUUGGUACGAAGUCUUUGAUUUCUGUCUUUUUCUAUUCAUACAGAUGCUUAAUAGUAAGCAGCCAAAAUUGAUUUUUUCUUCUCUCUUCUCUGAAGCUUGUUGGAUUUAUUUUUUCUGCCUUCAACUGCCCUUCCUCCCAUGUAGGCGAAAUAAUCUGAGCUGUCUUUAUUAAGAUGCAUACGAUGCGUAUACAGUCUGUAUAGUAUCAUGUCUGUUAUAUUUGUCUUAUAAAAAGUCAAGACAAAGAAGAAAAAGUAAACUUGAAAGGGAACCAUUUGCAGGAUGGUUAAGGAGAGAGGAGAGAACAGAUGCUGGUUUAUUUUGAGCAGUGAUCCUCUGUACAUGGUCUGUACUGUUUACUAGAAUAAACAUUUCAGUUAAAUGAGAA